AAAUGAGAACGUUCCAUCCAAGUAAUCGAUGAUUUUACCAUUUUUUCUGUGUCAAAGAAGAACGUCAUUCCAUUGACAACUACCAUAACGGAAGCAGAGCACUGCAAGAUGCUACCUCAGAUCCUGAAGGCCAUUCGGGAAUCCAACCAAGAAGCGAUCACCACUGAGGCUCUUCUAGGCCAACUGCGCCAAGGGUCAUGCAAGCCGGAACCCCAGCUACAGUCCCAGUUUAACCUGGCGUUGGCCGAAGGUCAACGCACCGGACUGGUGUCGGUGCAAAGUGGCCACGUCAAACCACUGAUCCAGCUGGACCAAUUUCAGGAGCCCCGAAGCUUCUCCUGCCAACUGCUGUUGGUGGGAGGCGAUCUGCAACCCACGGCCGGAAGCAGCCGAGCUGUGCCGACUGAAGGCGCCGACGCGGAAGUUGACGAUGACGCCGAAGAAGUAGAGGAAUGCGAUUGCGAUUGCCAUGAUCGUGCGUCGUCAUCGGGUGGUUCACGGCGCUGGCUGCGGCCAAGAAACACCAAAAUCACCUACGACGAGCUGAAACUAAUCAGGCAGGUUUUCAGCCGUUCAGAGCUGGGACCGGAAUGGAACAAGUCACGGAGGCGGGUGAGCCUGCCGCCGGGGGCUACUACUCAGGUGGCAAGCGGGACGCGAGGAAGAACGCGCCGCCGAUCGACGGCCGAGGUGGAUGGAAAUCGGACCAAGUCCGGCAGCCGUCGGAGACGCCCAUCCACGGCUAGACUACAGACGAGGACUCGAUCCAGGCGCGGGCAAGGAAGUCGGUCGCGAUCCCGGACGCGAGUUUAGAGAUGUCGUACUGUGUUAACGGUUCGGGAUGAUUAUAAACCAAAAUUACCAACUCAUUUUUGUCGUGCAUAAGGAUCAUUAGGAAUUAAAACCAAAUUUUGAGCAUUAAUAUUACUUAUUUUGUUCAA